AACUACUCGUUCCAAACCAAGCCCUUAUUAGCCCGCCCUCCCAUGAUCACACUCUCUACCUUAGCUCAGCUCCCUUGCUUACACCUCUCUCUCUCUCUCUCUCUCUCUCUCUCUCUCUGCACCAUACUGCUAGGAGCUCGCUAGAACAAUCUAUAUGUGAAGAGAGCACACGCCAAGCUAGGCUGCAACCUUGGAGGCUUGAUCUAAGGCAGCGUGCACCUCCUGCCGAUUCAUCCAUGUCGGGCGCGAGGUAUGACCACGGCGGCGGCCACCAGCACCACCUCUCCGGCGACUUCCAGUUCCACGACGAGCUGGCGUCGCUGUUCGCGCAGCGGCUCGACGCGGCGACGCCGAUGCAGCAGCCGUGGUUGUUCACGGACUACCUGCAGGCGAGUGCGUCGACGCCGCUGGACUACGACGCGUUCGCCGGGGAGUUCGACAUGCCGGCCGUGGAGGAGGUGAAGAGGGAGCUGGUCGUGGACACUGGCGCUGCUUCCGGCGGCGGGAUGCCCGGCAGCGGGGGUGGCACAUCGACGGCGCCGCUGACGCCGAACAGCAUGUCGAUGUCAUCGACGUCGAGCGAGGCCUGUGGCACCUGCGCCGGAGCGGGCGAGGAGUCGGCGGCCGGGAAGUGCAAGAAGGAGGAGGGGGAGAUGGAGGAGAGCAAAGAUGGAUCGGCUGCGGCCAAGGGGGAUGGGGAAGGAGAGGACAAGAGCAAGAAAGGGGCGGCCAAGGGCAAGGGCAAGGGCGAGAAGCGGCCGCGACAGCCGCGGUUCGCGUUCAUGACAAAGAGCGAGGUCGACCACCUCGAGGACGGCUACCGGUGGCGCAAGUACGGCCAGAAAGCCGUCAAGAACAGCCCAUUUCCAAGGGUUCUCACGAGGAUCGUGGUGAUUGAUGCAAUGCAAUCACAACAAUACAGGAGCUACUACCGGUGCACGACGCAGAAGUGCCAGGUGAAGAAGCGGGUGGAGCGGUCGUACCAGGACGCGGCGGUCGUGGUCACCACGUACGAGGGCAAGCACACGCACCCCAUCCCGGUCACGCUGCGCGGGAGCACGCACCUCCUCGCCGCGCACCACGCGAACCUCCACCACACGCACUUCCGGAUGCCGCCGCCGCCGCCUCAGCCAAUUCGCGGCCCUGGCUUCGCCUUCCAGCCCGGCGCCACUGCCUUCGACUCGAUCGGCCUCCUGCAGCCGCAGCAGGGCCACCGUCACGCCAUGCAGAAGCUGGUGAGUGGCGCGGGCGUCGCCACCGGAGUGCACGCGUACCAGGUGAACGCCGCCGUGUCGAGCCAUGCGCUGCCUGACCAGCAUGGCCUGUCUGCCAUUGUCGGUACGGCUGUUACUGCCACUGCUACGGUGGCUACUACUAGUGCUCCACUCCGGAUGCAGCACUUCAUGGCGCAGGACUAUGCUGGACUCCUGCAGGACAUGCUGCCAUCCUUCGUUCACAACAACGACGUCGACAACAACCGCCACCCUUGAUGAUUGAGAUAUUGUUUUUUUGAAACGAUCGAUGGAUGAUGAUGAUGAUGAUUGAGAGCUAGCUAGCCUGAUAGAGAUUAAUUUGGCUCUUGUUAACUUUAUGGUUUCUGCGUCAUUCAGCGAUGAUAUGAACUUAGCUAGCUAGUAGUAGCAUCAGUAGUACGUUAGUACUAGAAGUUUGUUGUACAUGCACCUAAUUCUGAUGAGCUCAAGCAGCAUUAUUGCACUAUGGGCAUGCAUGCAGUACUGUACUGAUGAGCUGUGUGGUAAUUUUAUGAUUCCAUUUGCUUGACUUCAAAUAUCAAGUACAAAUUUUAAGAUAUUUGAUUA